UUUCAAUUCAAUGCCCCACGACUUCCAUGAUGCCGACUCCCGAUAUCUCUGCAAUAUAAUAAUGACGCUCGACCCAUCUUCCGUCUUCUUCCUCUUCCUCUUCCUCUUCCCUUCCCGUCCAUUCGAUGUUCCGCCUCCCCUGCAAUAAUUUCCAAGAAAGCUCCAAGAUAGUGGAGAGCUCCUCUGUCCCGGAGCGACACUCGUCAGCUCCCCCCUCUCUCUUAUCCAUCUUCUUUGAUGCCAUCCGUCGCCAUCGCUGCUGACUCGGCUCCGCGUCGAGCGAAUCCCUAUCUCUUCCCGGAUUCGCCAUCGUUCUUGGGUUGGUUUUAAAUUCUUUGGCUUCUGGGUCUCGCUUCUCUCGCCUCUUCGACCUCGACCCACGUCUUGGAAUUUGGUUUUGCUCCUUCUUGAGUCUCCGUUGGAGGGUUUGAGUUGGUCUGGGGAAUUUGGGAGCUUGUUGAGUUGUCGCUGAGGAUUGCGGGGAGAAUCCUGGCUAAGUGUUGAAAUAGUUUCUGCGAUCGUUUGCCUGAGAAAACCCUGCCCUUUUUAGAUUCGAAGAAUUUUUUGGCACCUUGGUUCUGCUAAUUAGGAGCUUUCUUGGCUGUUGGUGUUCACGAUUGCAGGUCAGCGGCUAUGAUAUGAGCGUCUUGCUUGUAGCUUCAAUGAUAUAGCUGAUGUCUGGGUCAAUGUUGCAGAAUCUUGCUGGAUAGUUAGAAGCUCGAUCUGUCUCUGAAAUCCCAGUCUGCUAAUUUGCUCGAAAUAGUGAUUUUUUCGGGUCCUUUGUGAAAUUGAUUUAUUCGCUUCCCUACGCAUUUUAACUAGAUUUUAUCUGGUUAUCGAUUCUUUCACUCUGAAUUAUCAAAGAAACCUUUGAUUUGUUAAUUUCCAUUUGGUAUUCCAUUAUCCCCUCAUGCCCCUCUUUGCGCCUCGUGCUCAUUGAGGUUUUUACCCUACCUUUUCUGCUGUGGAUAGUGGAAGUCUGCAAGUUAUUCUUUCGUUCCUUAAGAACCUAUUCGAUAAUUUAACAUACCAAAGCAUCUAGAGAUCAAGGGUGGUUGUUGAUCAAGACAUGGAUAUAAGCAAUGAGGCAAACAUUAAUCCGUUCCCCAUUGGACCUUCGUCCAUUCUUGGUCGCACCAUUGCUUUCAAAAUCCUGUGUUCUCGGUCAAUGUCACAUCUGUCGCAGCAGCUCUUUCAUGUGGUGUUGAAUUAUGCCUUUAGAAUUGGGGACUUUGUUGCCACAAUAUUAUCAUGGUUCCAUCCUAGGAAUCCACAAGGGAUAUUGGCAAUGGUCACUGUUAUAGCAUUCUUGUUAAGACGGUACACCAACGUGAAAGUGAGGGCUGAAAUGGCUUAUCGGAGGAAAUUUUGGCGGAACAUGAUGAGAGCUGCAUUGACUUAUGAGGAAUGGGCUCAUACUGCUAAGAUGCUUGAUAGAGAGACACUGAAGAUGAAUGAAUCGGAUCUUUAUGAUGAGGAACUGGUAAGAAACAAGCUCCAAGAGCUCUGCCACCGUCGCGAAGAGGGGUCUCUUAGGGAUAUCAUCUUUUGCAUGCGAGCUGAUCUAGUCAGGAAUCUCGGGAAUAUGUGUAACCCUGAGCUUCAUAAGGGUAGACUUCAGGUGCCCAGGCUCAUUAAGGAGUACAUUGAUGAGGUCUCAACUCAGUUAAGAAUGGUCUGCAACUCUGAUUCUGAUGAGCUCUCUUUGGAGGAGAAGCUCUCUUUCAUGCAUGAGACUAGGCAUGCUUUUGGCAGGACUGCUUUGCUUUUGAGUGGGGGAGCUUCUCUGGGAGCCUUUCAUGUUGGUGUGGUUAAAACACUGGUUGAACAUAAGUUUUUGCCUAGGAUAAUUGCUGGUUCCAGCGUGGGAUCUAUAAUGUGUUCUAUUGUUGCCACCAGGUCUUGGCCCGAGCUUCAAAGCUUCUUUGAAGAUUCUUGGCACUCAUUGCAGUUUUUUGAUCAGCUGGGAGGAAUUUUUGCAGUUGUCAGGAGGGUCAUGAGGCAAGGAGCUGUGCAUGAGAUCAGACAAUUGCAGUGGAUGUUGAGGCAUCUUACCAGUAAUCUUACAUUUCAAGAAGCUUAUGACAUGACAGGACGAAUUCUUGGGAUAACAGUGUGCUCUCCGCGAAAGCAUGAGCCACCCAGGUGCCUUAACUACUUAACCUCCCCCCAUGUUGUCAUUUGGAGUGCGGUGACCGCUUCUUGUGCCUUUCCUGGCCUUUUUGAAGCCCAGGAACUAAUGGCGAAGAAUAGAAGUGGAGAGAUUGUUCCCUAUCAUCCUCCAUUCAAUUUGGGCCCUGAGGAGAACUCUGGGGCACCUGGCCGUCGAUGGAGAGAUGGUAGCUUGGAAAUUGAUCUACCUAUGAUGCAGCUAAAGGAACUAUUCAAUGUGAAUCACUUCAUAGUGAGUCAAGCAAAUCCUCAUAUUGCACCACUAUUAAGAAUGAAGGACUUUGUGAGAGCUUAUGGUGGGGGUUUUGCUGCCAAGCUUGCUCAAUUAAUUGAGCUGGAGGUGAAACAUAGAUGCAACCAAGUGCUGGAGCUUGGUUUUCCUCUUGGGGGUCUCGCUCAGCUCUUUGCGCAAGAAUGGGAGGGCGAUGUCACUGUUGUUAUGCCUGCCACACUUGCUCAGUACUCAAAGAUCAUCCAAAACCCGUCCCAUAUGGAGCUUCAGAAAGCUGCCAAUCAGGGGAGAAGGUGCACUUGGGAGAAGCUCUCCGCCAUUAAAGCAAACUGUGGCAUUGAGCUUGCACUUGAUGAAUGUGUUACGAUCCUCAACCAUAUGCGCAGACUCAAGAGGAGUGCAAAGAGAGCUGCAGCCGCUUCUCUUGGCCUUGCCGCCACUGCCAAAUUCAGCGGAUCAAAAAGGAUCCCUUCAUGGAACUGCCUUGCUAGAGAGAACUCAACUGGGUCCCUCGACGAAGAUCUCCUGACAGACGCUGCUUCCUCAUUACAUCAAGGAGUUGGAGGAUCCUUAGGUAAGAAUUCUCGGCCCCAUCGCGGUGGGCAUGAUGGAAGUGACAGUGAAUCUGAGAGUCUAGAUCAUUCCUGGACAAGAUCCGGUGGGCCCUUGAUGAGGAGUAGCUCUGCUAACAAGUUCAUUGACUACGUCCAAAGCUUGGACUUACAAGUAGACCUGGGCAAGAUCGCCAAUUUAAGCUCAAAUGUUGUCCAAAUGGGAGGAGAAACACACUCUCAGAGCUCGAGGGUGACCACACCUGAUAGAACUUCAGAGAACGCCGAGUUCGAUCUGCGGGACUUGAGCAAUAGAAGCAGCUCAAGCAUCACCGUGACCGAAGGAGAUCUCUUGCAUGCUGAGAAGGUUCAGGAGGGGAUCAUGUUUAAUGUCGUCAAGAGAGAGAACGUUAGUUUUUCGAACAGGAGUCACGAUACUGAGAGUUGCAACUAUGAAGCCGCUGAAUGUUUGCAACUCGAUUGUCCAGAAAAGGAGAUGGAUGGUGGCUCGGAUUCGGAAUGCGGGUUUGGUGGAGAUCACGUGGAAACAGCUUAAGCCGAACGAAGGAGAUGAGAGACUCGUAUUGCUCUGGUUCAAAUUGGUUCUGGCAUAGAUAGCGGAAAGGACCGGAGUGUCUCCUGACGGUCGGUUUAUACUUUGCAUCGCCUUUGUUAUCCAGCAUUCACAAUAGUAAGUGGUUCCAAUGCUUCUCUUACCUUUGACAGAAGAACAGGGAGCUUGACAACACCAGAGCACUGCAUAGGAUUGUAAUUAGCUGUGGCUGAGUUUCUAGAUCAGGAUGCCGCACGGUUCUCUGGAAAAGCCCCGGCUUGUAAAUACGUUAACAUAUGCAAUAUGUAGUCUUACUUUCUCUGUGCA